CCCAUAAUCCACAAGCUAGAUAAAGUGCAAGUCCUUAUUGAUACGAGAUAUAUCUUUCGUACCAAUAUGGAAUACACGGUAGAAUCCAAGGAUUUGUUAGAAGCUCAAUCCCAUGUGUCGAACCACAUUUUUAACUUCAUAAAUUCUAUGUCCCUAAAAUGUGCCGUGGAGCUUGGCAUCCCCGACGCAGUGCACUCGAACGGCGGCAAGCCUGUCUCAUUCUGCGAGCUGGCGAACAAGCUGUCCAUUCCGUCGACCCGUAUUGAUGACCUGCGCCGCCUGAUGCGCCUCCUCGUGCACUCCGGCUUCUUCACUUCUCAAAAGAUUGAGAAGGGCGUAGGCGACGGUAAGAGGGACGUGGAACUCUUUCUCCCAACCAUCAACUCUUCCCUCCUUUUGAAGGAAAACGACAUUAGUGUUUCGCCGUUCGUGCUUGCCAUGCUCGACCGUAUAUUUGCAUUGCCAUGGCAUAGCCUUGGCGAGUGGUUUCGGCAGUCAAUGGUGCCGACCGCCUUUGAAAUAGCUCACGGAGAUCACUUGUGGGGAGUAACAAACAAAAAUGCAAGUUUCGGUGACUCCUUUAACGAGGGGAUGGCGAGCGACGCCAGUUUGGUGGGCAAACUGGUCGCCACAGCGCCUCGUGCUGCGGCGGCGGGAGCUUCUUGUCUGCAGAGGCGCCGCUGCGGGUUCACUUUAGAGUUCCACGUCCCUCUUACCGUCACCUACGCCCUUCUCAAUCUUUUGAGAAGUGAAGAAGCCGGAGUGCACGAGGAGACGCAUCAGGCGGCGCAGUGGAUCUUACACGAUUGGAGUGACGAGGACUGCGUGAAACACAACUUUUCUUCUAUAUACGUACUCAUGAUGGUUGUAACUUCAGGAAAACAGAGAAAUGAAAAGGAAUGGAACAAAUUGUUUACUGACGCAGGUUAUAAGGAGUAUAAGAUACUAAAUGCAUUAGGCUUACGGUCUGUUAUUGAGGUUUAUUAUUAAUCAUCAAAUUCUCCACUAUAAGAACUAGUACUAAUAAAAUGUACUUGAUGAGUCACUUUUAUUGGGUGACAACAUGUUAGCCGUUUGACUUGUUAGACUUGGUAUUCAAUUGAUAUCACAAUGAAAAUCCGACGCAUUAUAUGAAAUGUGUUGCCCAAACAGUUGUAUGGGAAAAUAAAAAAGUUCAUAAUUAAGUGUGGAAUAUUUAGCACCA